GAGUGAUCUGGCUGGCUAUUUUUCAGUUCUGACCUGCACUAGCGCACAUACUAUGUUCAGAGGAUUCAUGCACUUGUACAACCGACGCCAGAUUGAUUGUUUCGCAUGAGUGUCGAUCGGCUUGGGACUCGGCCUGGCUAAUACCCUUGACAGAACAGAACACGCGAGGAAGUAUUUCCGUACUUUGUCAAAAGACCCUCAGUAUUGGACCCUAGACACGGCUAGAAGACGAUGCAUUCCCUAGACCAAGCACAGUGUCAUAUGACAGCUCCGACAUCCCCAUAAGAAAUGGGGAAUCAUGUAGUCGUCCGGACCUCAAAGCACGGCAUAUCUGCAAUAUCCUGCAUAUUUGAGCGUCGUGCAACCUCGUCUUUCUUUGACAAAUUAUUGGCCAAUUAGUAAAAGUAGACUCUAUCAAGCUCAUACCCUGACUUGACUUGUCACGUUAUCAACCCCUCAUCCAGCUGCACCUUUACACACAUCUCCCAUACACCAUGGCCGAGUUUCAAAUCAAAGAUCAGGACCUGACUAGCGUCGAGGGAAAAGUUGUUGUGCUUACCGGUGGCUCGUCCGGCAUUGGUUUAGCGACCGUUGAACUGCUUCUAUCCCUUGGCGCCUCUGUAGUAAGCGGUGACAUCCAAGCCCCCGCUGAGAAGCCCUCCGGCGCGUUCACAUUCGUCAAGACCGAUGUAACGAAGUGGUCAGACCUUGUCGCUCUCUUCAAGCAAGCAAAGGAGACAUAUGGCCGCAUCGACGCCGUGUUUGCCAACGCUGGCCUCGGUCCUCGCGCUGACUACCUCAGUACCGAGGUUGACGAGAAUGGCGAUCUCAAGGAGCCAACAUAUGCUCUCUUCGACGUCAGUCUGAAGGGUGUCAUCAACACGGCUACACUUGCUAUCUUCUAUCUUCGCCAACAGGCAGAAGGCGGUAGCAUUGUGAUCAACGGCUCUUCCACAGGUUUACAACGUGUGCGAGCAGUGGACUACUCCACUGCCAAGCACGGUACUCUAGGUCUCGGCCGAAGUCUGACUGCGCUCACCAGCGCAGCAGGUCUUCCCAUCCGCGUAAACACCCUGACCCCGACAUGGACAGACAGCCAGGUCCUCCCCAACCUGAAGGGUCUCUUGGCUGCCAUCAACGUCGACCUCCAGCCCGCCUCCGUUGUCGCACGUGCAGCAGCACUCAUGAUUGCUGACAAGUCCAGACAUGGAAACGUUAUCUACAUUGAGCGCGGCACGUACAAGGAGAUUGACGACGCUGUGCUUUUACCUGCACAUGCUAACCAGAUCAUCGGUGAGGGUUAUCCUUUCGAGGACGAUGUCCUUGCCCGCGUGCAGGCACUUGGUUAAAUAGAAAUGCCAACUGCAGCCUUGAUACAAUGAAAGAGACAGUAACAAACGAUGACAUGGAAAUUUCAUAACAAAAAGCGAAAUAUUAAGGACGUGCUGCCAGGAAUUGUAAAUUGAGGUGCCGUCGAACUCUCAGCCAUUAAGUUCUGGCUUGACAUGAUGCUAGGCACAGCAGUCCCAGGGCACUGGGCCCCGAGAACCUGCUAAACCGCAUGAGCGUUGCAGCAGGUCGGGAUCGCUAGGACGGAACGUACUGUAACUACUUUAGGUUAAGUUACUUUCACCCCCACUACGCCCAUUUCCGCCAGCUUCAUGCCAGUGACGUCACCCACCCCAGCAUUUCAGCGGGCAAGUCUCCAAGAUAUGCGGAAUACCUUAUAUAUCCUCCUCGACA